AUGGCCAAGAGAAGUAGAAACGAGCUUGCUGCCGAUGGGAAACCAAAGGCCGUGGCUUCGAGUGCUUCUGCUGAAGAAGCCACUGAGGUCAAAGUUGUUACUUCAGGUGCUUUGCAGGGUGAUGAGUCAAUGUCGGGUGCUGAGAUCUCGGAGCAAGAAGAAGGAGAAUCCUCGGAGAGCGAAGAGGAGGAGGAUGAACAAGCUCCUCAGUCAAAGAGGACGAAACCGCAGCUUGCCGCUCAGGAUGUUCAAAUCGCAAGAGAGGCUGCAGAGCUCUUCAAGUCCAACAUCUUCAAGAUGGAAAUAGACGAGUUGUUGAACGAGCUCCGCUUAAAGGAAUCACACGUUGAGCUUGUUGAAAGGGUGUUACACAGACUUCACGAUGUCAUACGUCAGGUGCCCGAAACCGGCGAUCUUACUUUGGCAGAAGCUGAGGAGAAGUUCGUAAAGGGAAAGCACGGUUCUACGUCAAUUCCGUUUCCCGACCCUAAACCAUCUUCAAAUAUCAAUUACAAGUUCAAAUAUCUUUCUCCAGAGGACAUUUCGUUGGUGGGAAGUUUUGGUCUGAAAACUGGUGUGCAGAGACCUGGAAAGAUGGUCGUGGAUGUUGCCUUGACCAUGCCACAAUCUCUCCUUCAGCCAAAAGACUACUUGAACUACAGGGCUAUAUACAAAAGAGCCUUUUAUCUGGCUCACUUGGCUUCUCAUUUGACGUCUUUGUGCAAAAAAAAUCGUCUUCCAGUGAAACUCUCAUACGAGUUUUUGAACGGAGACGUUCUAUGUCCGUGCUUGAAAAUAGAGCCGAUCAACCCAGAAAAGAAGCACGAAGAAGACUUGAUUUUUACGAGAACUAAGAUCUCCAUCCGCAUUCUGGUGGGAUUCGAGUUUGGGAUUUUCGAGGGCAAGAAGCUGCUGCCAGACAGAAAUUGCAUCAGGGUUCAGCAGGAGCAUAAAAGCGAGGAUUUACCACCAACACCACUUUACAACUCAUCAGUACUCACGUCCUGCACCUUCAGCUACUAUCUGAAAUACUUGUACACAAACAAGAAGUCAGCCGAGGCUUUCAGAGAUGCUGCUGUUCUAGGCAAAGUGUGGUUAGCCCAACACGGCUUCAAGUCUCACAUCCAAGACGGAGGAUUUGGCCAUUUCGAGUUUGCUAUUUUGAUGGCAGCACUUUUGCAAGGUGGAGGUGAAAAUGGAAACAAGAUUUUGCUUCAUGGGUUCUCCAGCUAUCAGUUGUUUAAGGGUACUAUCAAGUACUUGGCAACUCAGGAUCUUUGUCAUGAUGGUUAUCUGUCUUUCACCUCUCUCAUUGGUGACCACAACUCGAUAUAUAAGAAGGAAGGCUUUAAUGUUCCCACGAUAUUCGACAAGAACACAAAGUUGAAUAUCCUUUGGAAGAUGUCCAGAUCAAGCUACGAGGCUUUGAAGAAGCAGGCUCAGGAGGCCUUGAGAUUGCUGAACGAUGUUGUCAAGGACAGAUUUAGAGAUAUUUUCAUUUUGAACAGCACGGACUCGAAUUUCAACUUUGAUUUGUCGUUGAGCUUGCCAGUGGACAGAUCUCUGGAGGGUACUCUUUCAUUUGGUUCUCUCGAGAAGAUCCAACUUCUGACCUUUGAAAACUUCCUCACAAACAAAAUAUUCAAGUUGGUACAUCGCGCUCUCGGAGAUCGUAUCUCCGAGGCAGUUGUUUCUGUGGAAUCCGGGGCUUCUGCUAGUUGGUCUUUGCAGAGGCGGAAGCCAUCAGAUGACUCUAAAACCUCUACAGUUCACAUAGGGUUGUACUUGAAUCCACAGGAGGCCGAUAAGAGAGUGACAAGGGGCCCUGCUCUGGAUGAUAAAGUUGAGGGUGAACGGUUCGCUUCUUUCUGGCAAUCAAGAGCUCAAGUCAGGAAGUUCAAAGACGGAACUAUUCAGUAUAGUUGUUUGUGGAGUCCACCACCAGACGUUCCAGUGAUUGUCAACAUACUGCAAUAUGUCUUCCAGCUCCAUCUUUCUUCUGAGCUUUCCGAUGCUUUAGAAUACAGUUCGAAAUCGUUUACAAAACUGUUGCCAAAGUCGUCUGUUUCGCUUCCACCAGCUACCCUAUUCCAGAACCUCAAAAACUCUUUUGAUGCUCUUGCUCAGCUCACCUUGGACAUGGAUCUCCCAUUGCGAGUGAAGUCCGUGUCACCUGCCUCCACGCAACUCAGAAACGCGUCAAUUAUACCUGCUGUCCCAUAUGCUAUUGGCAAUCCCGAUUUCUUCAACGAUGUCGUGAUCCAGCUGGAGACCAGUGUCAAGUGGCCAGAUGAGCUCUACGCUCUGGAAAACACAAAGACUGCGUUCCUGCUCAAAAUCCACGAAAAUCUACAAGGACAUGACGGGUACAGGUCCUACGUGACUAGACCUCUGGACUCCGUUCCCUACAACAAAGCCAUCACACAGUUAAGGAUAUUAACUCCACAAGGCUAUGGAUUCAGUUUCAAGAUUCUCACAGAAAGAGAUGAGACGCUGUAUCUCCGCGCCGUUGAAAAUGGCGAAGAAAAACAGAAGACUGAACUACAAAAAGUGUACAUUAGUUUCCAACAACAUUACAUUGCUUCAGUGAAGCACCAUAGAACCGUCAACAGGCUCAUGACACGUUACCCAGCCCUGUCAGGCACUGUGAGAUUGUUCAAGCAUUGGUUGGACUCCCAGCUUUUGCUGAGCCAUUUCUCAGAGCCAUUGAUCGAGCUCAUUGCAUUAAAACCAUUUGUCGAUGCAUCGCCGUACCCCACACCUAACGGUCCCGAAGUGGGGUUCUUGAGAAUAUUGCAAUUCUUGAGUCUGUGGAACUGGAGGGAAGAUCCUUUAGUAUUGGACUUUUCUGACCAGACUGAAGAUGUUACGAGCGAAUACUCUGACCGUCUUUCAUUGCAGACAUUCCAACUGAUCAACAACAACUUCCAAAUCAUGAGAAAGCAGGAUCCUUCCGGCUUGAACGUCCAAUUUUUUGUUGGCUCUAGAGAUGACUUGAGCGGAAAAUUGUGGUCUAGUUACGUGCAUGUCGCCAUGGCCACUAGGUUGACCGCUCUCUCCAAGGCUGCUGUGGGAUUGCUUAAGAACCAGACAGGCAAACUUAUCGAAGAGUCUGUUCUGAAGCUUUUGUUCACCCCCGCCUUGGAAGACUACGAUUUCGUGAUCAGAGUCAAGACCGAAGAUAACAGCACAUCCAGUGGAUGUCUUGCUACUACCAAAAAGGAGACUUUCAAGAACCUGGUCAAUGUGCUCAGUGAGUUCCCAGAGACUCCCAAAGAGGUCGAGUCGGCCAGAGACCCAACCGUCGAGUACACCAAAGAACUGAACAAAGUCUACGAGAAUUCCAUCAUCUUCUCGAGCAACAGGUACUCAGGUCCAAAUGCUGGUGAGAAUGUGAUCACCGGUCUGUACAAUCCGGUUGUGGUUCAGGGCGAGAAGAAAUUCAAGGUUGGUCUGGACUUCAAUUUCAAGCCAUCCGGUGAGGGAAAAGUUUUGUUCAACAACGACGCAGUAUUGAAUGAAAUCAUCACCAUGGGUGGUGAUUUGGUGAAAGGAUUCGAGUCGAAAUAA